ACAUAUUAUGGGAUAACGUCUUAUAAUUUCUCUCUUUCAACUCAGCUUCCUUCACCCUUUCGGUAAAUAUUUCAAAUUUAACCCCCUUUGAUAAUAAUUUUUCUCAAACACAAUUUUUUUGGAAAAAAGCCCGUAUUUUAAGCCUCCACCACUUCAUCACCGGGGCAGCAAAACUUGUUUUGACAAAGGUCCCAUCUAAUAUUUCGUUGAAGUAGCCUCACUGCAUACCGCGUAGCCUCACUGCGGCAAUAAAGCAAACACUUACGCAACUAUUCUUUACUUCGAAGCCGACUAGCACAGAAUCUCCUUGCGUUAACAUGCAAAACAUAAGGAACUCCAUCUUGAGCCAUGUGAGGCUGAGAGGUUUUGCUCAACAGCUGUUGCUUACUCAGAGAAGAAAUGUCUUCAAGCAACUGCAUCAGCAAACGCAUGCAUUAAGCAGUACCAGUCCUGAUCAAAUUAUGGAUCGGGUAAUAGGAUUGGUUAAGAAAUAUGAUAAAAUUGAUGCUGCCAAGGUUACUGAAACAGCUGAUUUCCAGAAAGAUUUGUCCCUGGACAGCUUAGAUAGGGUGGAGCUUGUUAUGGCUUUUGAGGAAGAAUUUUCCAUUGAAAUCCCUGAUGAGGAAGCAGAUAAGCUUUCUUGCUGUGCUGAUGUUGCAAAAUAUAUAGCUUAUGGAGCUGAAAAGAAGAUUUCUGGCUCCUGAAUUGAUUUUAGAAUACACAAAGGGCACUCUUUAUGAUACAUUAUGUAGGUUGUUGAUUUAUUCUUAGAUGUCGGCUAGUUUUGGUAUUAACUUCAUCUCUCCUCGUUCUGACCAUAUAUAAUGGUUGUCAGAUCCAUGAUCACUCCUAUUGUUUUUCUUAUUGAUACUGUGCUAGUGUCAUUGGUCAUAAAGCAAGACUGGAAAUUUUCUUUUAUACAUCAAUGUCCGUGUUGUUGUCAUUAUUUACAAGCAGGCUUUAUGCAUCA